UACUUGAAAUUUUUCAAGGUCAACAAGGAAGAAGGAACGAACUUAGGUCAGAGUUCGGGCGGGAAACCUCACUGAGAAGUAGAAGUGUAGAGUUUGUCAGUGAAUGCAGAUGCAAACGCGUUGUGUUCAGUGUUCACCGUGAUUAAAUGCUAUUCCAACUUUAGUGGAAGUUUGAUAUUUGACAACAUUUAUUUGCGAGACAUUAUAAUACGACGUUCAAAUGUGUGGUGACUCACCGUCGACAACUCACUCAACAAACAACUUUAUUGUUUAGAACAAGAACGUUCGAGUUAGUGAACGAAAGUACUUCAAAAUGGGUGGUCAAAAGAACGCGAAAAAGAAGAAUGGUCAACAGAAGAAAGAAAAAAUUGAAAAGGGUGCAAAAAGUGCACUCGUUUCUUCUGCAAUCGGUGAACCAAACAUCCAGCUACGUAAACUGUAUGAUGAACGUGACACUUUAGAACCUUCUGAAAUGUUUUCUCGACUUCCAAAUGCGACGGUUAAUCUUGGUCGCGAUGGAUGGCUGCACCCAACCGACACAGAAGUCAUCUGGCUCAUACUUGGUACGUUCUGCGACAUAAUUGGCGAUAAUGAUUUAAAGCAAAUGGCGAAAAUAAUUGAAAGCAAGAAGCUGUACAACCAAGUUAGUUUGUGCUGUACACACAUUCUAGAAAUGGACGUUGAGAAUUCUGGUAAAACUCUUAGGCUGGAACAUUUGCUAAGAGCACUCUGCAAAACCACAACCCUUUACCUUACUAUCGCUUCCAAUGCAACCAUUGCCAUCCGACCAAAUUUCUUUUUGGAUCUCUACAAUUCGACAAAAGACCCAUCCAUUCAAGUUCUAGGGAUCAAACCAAGAAUUAUUGAUCGCCUCCUGUUUAUUCAUUGUAUGCUUACUGGUAGCGAAUCAACAGAUGAUUCAGGAUUCGAUGCUCAAGAACUGAUCCAUGAAGAAGCAAUAUUUGCUGAAAUUGCCGAGGAAUCCAACAUGGUCGAACCACCAGAUAACAUCGCCAACUGGGACAUUGUACCGAAUCAUUAUGAUAUUUUCCAUGAGGGUCAAGUCUUCCUUCGUCCCAACUUAUUACGCACAUCUUAUCCCGAUCUCGAAAGUUAUCAAGAUAUCCAAUUUCGUCUUCUGAUGGAAGAUUUCAUGCAGCCACUUCGGCAAGGCUUGGCUAAACUUACGUCCGGCCAGAUUGGUCCACGGGGCGUCCAGGAGCUCCGAAUUUACGAAAACGUCACCUUCAAAAGAAGUGGUCUUGUCCAGGAUCGAUGGCUUGUUCCAGAACGGGAAUCUUCCUGGCGAUUUUACAGGGUUAAUUUUCAACGUUUACCACGAGUAAAUUGGAUCACCAGUCGACGUCUAAUUCAUGGCUCACUCGUUUGCCUCUGGGACGGAUCGGAUAUUAUUGUUGCUAGCGUCGCAAACAGUAAUCCAGAGGAUUUGGCCAGUGGGCAGAUUAUGUUGGCGAUCGAGUCGAAAGAUGUGCCAGCAAAUUUCAUGGAAAAGACGUACGUGAUGCUCGAAUCAGUGGUCUUCUUUGAACCUUAUCGAGCAGUCCUUCAAGUCCUGCAGAAUUUUACGUACGAUUCCUUUCCGAUGAUGGAUUACUUUCUAGGAUUUGAAAAAAAUCCAAUGCUUCCAUCGUACCUCUCGGAUUCGCCCAUUUAUGAGCUCAAGAAUUCCGAAAAAGCCACUUUAAACAUCUAUAGCUUGAUGGACUUUACUAGUUGGCCAAAUGCCGAAGAAUUGGGUCUAGAUAGGAGGCAGCGUGAGGCCUUACAAAUAGCCCUGACAAGUAGAGUUGCGCUAGUGCAAGGACCACCCGGUACUGGAAAAACGUUCUUGGCUCUGCGGAUCCUUCGUUCAUUACUGGACAACAAAAAUCUGUGGCAAGGAAAAAAUGGUGGAAAUCCGUCGGAUAAAGGAAGUCUAUUGAUGAAGCUGCAGUUCACUUGUGGACCAACCUGGCGUGUAAGAAAUAAAAUUUUCUGGAAAAGAUACGGUGAAGAUUGGAGCGACAAUCGCUCACCUGUCGUGGUUAUUUGCUUCACGAAUCAUGCACUGGACCAAUUUCUAGAGGGGAUACAUGGAUCGACGAAUCGAAUCAUCCGCAUCGGAAGUCAAUCCAAAUCCACCAUUUUGGAAAAUUUUAGCCUUUAUCGGAUUAAAUCCAGGGUGAUGGAGGAAAUGUCUGAUGGUCCAUACUCUGAAUCCAAUUACCUGUACUAUUUUUACAGGAUGAAAGAGAUACGAGCCAAGAUGGAAGUACAGAUUAGUUUGAUUAAUACCAAAAUGCACAAUACUCAAUUUGAGAUCCUCAAAGUCCAUGAACUGAAGCGAAGAAAUAUCAUCAGUGCUGAGAUAAGUGAAGUUUUCGAACAGGCGGAAAAGCGUCAAGCUAAACAAAAGCGCAAAGACAACAUUCUUAAAUGGUGGUUGGGAUGGUCCAACCAUCGGCAACUACUUAAGGUGUUGCGGGAGACGCGGAUUGAGAACCGAUACAGAAGUCAAGUGGCAAGAGCGGUCACAGCAAUAAAAGAGCAAAAUGCCGUUGAAUUCCUACCAGAAGACCACGAAGAACUAGACUGUGAUAACAAUGAUAUGAUCAAAGACAUAAUCGACGACGAAGAUUACACUGAGGAAUUGCGUUUGGCUAGGGAAGAAAUCAGCGAUGUAGCCCCUCCUGAACACAACAACAACGUCGACGAUGGCGAAUAUGUUCCCUGGACUCAAGCCGAAGAAGAACCUAAAGAUAUUGAAGAAAAAUUAUUUGCAGAUUUUGCCAACAACCAAAUGGAGAGAAUGCAGUACAUUCGUGAUCUUCUUUUGGCAAUGCCAUACGACAACUACCAAAUGGAAGAUUUCUCAGCGGACCAAAUAAUGUCUAUGCCGUUAAGUAAACGUUGGAUGCUGUUUGCUCAAUGGAAGAGGCUUUAUCAAGAAAUAGUUAACCAGGAUUUGCGCGAUACAGAAAGGGAUUACGAAGAUAAAAUCAAGGAGUAUAAUCAAUUGAAAGGUAAAGCUCUUGCAGCUCUUUGCCGUACUGCUGAUGUUAUUGGUAUGACUACCACUGGAGCAGCCAAAAACCGAUUACUUCUAGAAUCGCUCAAAGCUAAAAUUGUAAUCGUGGAAGAAGCUGCAGAAGUGCUCGAGUCACACAUCGUUUGUUCCUUGACGCCUGAAUGUCAACAGUUGAUUAUGAUCGGGGAUCACCAACAAUUGCGCCCUUCGGUGAACGUUCACCAACUGGCGACGAAAUAUCAUUUAGACGUGUCCCUGUUUGAACGCCUCAUCAUGGGUGGAAUGAAAGCUGUCAGGCUCGGCGUCCAACACAGAAUGCGAGCUGAGGUAGCGCGACUCAUCGUUCCAGCCAUCUAUGCCCAGCUGGAAAAUCACAGCUCAGUCUAUGACCACCCUCAUGUCCCGGGAAUGCUACAUGACGUAUUUUUCCAUCAUCACACUCACCCGGAGAAAGAAGACGGGAGCAGUUUUUAUAAUCUGCAUGAAGUUGGCAUGGCUCUCAAUUUAGCUCGCUAUUUAGUGCGAGAUCAACAAGUUUCUCCGCACCGAAUUACUAUCUUGGCCACCUACACUGCUCAACUUCAUCAACUCUUGGAAACGCGCAAGCAAUUAAAAUGUACCGAACUGACACAUGUUCGUAUGACGGUCGUUGAUAACUUCCAAGGGGAGGAAAACGACGUCAUAAUCUUGUCUCUGGUGCGAAAUAACAAACGCAACUCUGUCGGCUUCCUCCGCAUCGACAACCGUGUCUGCGUGGCCUUAUCCCGCGCCCGCAAUGGCCUCUACAUUUUGGGUAACAUCCGUAUGCUGUCUACUGCUAGCCCUCUUUGGGCUCAUAUGGAGAAAGUCUUAACAGAAAACGGAGAAAUCGGCGAAGGAAUUCCCCUACAAUGCGACAAACAUCAUCAAACCGUUCACAAAGUUAUGGUGCCUGAAGAUUUCCCAGUCGACCAUUUUUGUCGUGAAUUGUGUGGAGCUGAUCUUCCUUGCGGCCAUGCCUGCAAACUAGUGUGUCACAAAGACGGUCCACACACGCGCAGUUGUCUCGAAAAGGUCAUCAAAAUACUGAACUGUGGCCAUAACCACUUCAUGUCCUGCUCAACAAGUGUUUACGAAGCGGUUUGCAACGAACUUGUCCCUGUAUUGAAGAAGCCGUGCAUGCACCAGUAUGAUAUCAUCUGCUCACAACUACAAACUUUUGCCAAAACCCCAUGCCCUGUCCUUGUUUCCAAGAAAUUGACCUGUGGACACUUACAGCGAAUUCCUUGUUCGGCGCCGCCCGAUUCCGCACUCUGCAAAGCGCUUAUAGAGUACAAACUGACGUGUUCCCACAUUGCAACGAUUCCCUGUAGCCAGUCGAAAAUUCAGAGUUUUGCUCUACAGACUUACUGCAAGGAAUUCGUUCACAAGAAACUGUUGUGUGGCCAUUCAAAAUGGAUGAAAUGUAGUGUCGAUCCUCGAGGAAUGGAUUGCGGAAUAAUGGAUGAACGAAAGCUAGAUUGCGGCCAUAUUUCGAAAUUCGUUUGUCCUGGAAAACCGAUUGAAAUCCCUUGCCUUACUUUGGUUGAUCGUCGAAUGCCUUGUGGACAUAUGCAGAAGAGUAUGUGUUCGAAACCAGUUGAGCGAUGCCAUCAAGAAAUUGUUCGACACCUCGAUUGUGGCCACGACGUCAAAUGUCUUUGCUGGAAAAAGACUCCAACCUGUACGGCCGUCGUUGGGAAGAUGCUGAUUUGUGGCCAUCUACAGCCUGUUCGAUGCAUUGACGGAAUCAACUCGGUUGUUUGCACCGUGGAAGUUGAAGUGCUCCAUCCUCUGUGUUCACACAUACAAGUGGUCCCGUGUUCAGUUGCCAAAAAUGAAAUUCAACUGCGAAGCUUCAAGUGUACGGCAGAACCAUUGAAAAUGCUGGAAUGCGGUCACGAACUUCGUCUUCCUUGUGCUCAAGAGAUCGAUGAAAGCAUCGUCUGCGAUGUAAUGAUCAAUUAUACGCUUCCGUGCCAUCAUAUGGUCAUCAUCCCUUGCAAAUCGUCUGAAAUCAAAGCCCAGGAGAAAUGCAAAAUUAAAUGCGGAGCGAUUCUUGAUUGUGAUCAUAGUUGCCCUUUGCCUUGUCAUGAUCGCACUACCCCGCAUACGUGCAAACAAACCGUUAAAAAGGAACUGAGUUGCGGUCAUACUACGGAUUUGCCUUGUUUCCGGGAGACGGAGAAAGAAAUUUGCUUCGCGCCUAUGUCUAUGCAGCGUUCCUGUGGUCACUUAUGGAUAACAACUUGUGGAGAAUUGUCUUCAUCGAACGACAUCCCAUGCUGUACAGUUGUAGAGAAACGGUUACCAUGUGGUCACUUGGCUCGUGUCAAAUGUUCUGUCCAGACUGACAAAGUUGUCUGCACUGUAAAUACCGAACAUGUACUCGGCUGUCGCCAUACUGUCCCUACUAAAUGUGGAGACUCACUGGAGAAAAGACUCAAACUGACUUGCAGUGUUGAAGAAAUGAAAGUGCUGCGUUGUGGUCACACCUGCCACUUAAAAUGUGGAUCAAAGGAGGCCAGCAAGCCAUUAAACAGCAUUUUCUGUCGGGUUAUGGUGGAAAAGGAAAUUCCAAAAUGUGGACACAAGGUCAAAGUUGAAUGUGGGAAAAAGUUGUCCAAAAACGACUGCACUUCUAUGUGUGAGAAAAAGCUGAAUUGCGGACAUGGCUGCUCGCUUCUUUGUCGGGAGCCGUGCGCUACCAAAUCUUGUCAACAACAAGUCGAACUCGAAGGCAUUUGUCUUCCUUGUGGCCAUGGUUUGAGAGGAGAAUGCUGUCUGCGUUACGCUGAUCAAGACGUUAUUGAAGCUAAAAAGAUGGAGGUGGAAAAAUGUACUUCUCCUUGUAAGAUCAAAUUGGCUUGCGGUCACCGCUGUACUGAACGCUGUAACGAAUGUCUGGCCAAUCGCUUCCAUUCCGUCUGCGUUCAACGAUGCAAAAAGCUUCUGAUUUGCGGGCACAAGUGCGAAGCACAGUGUGGUAAAGCUUGUCCACCGUGCAAGAAACCUUGUGAAUAUCAGUGUGUCCAUCAAAAGUGCUCUGAGCUGUGCAGUGACGAAUGUACUCCGUGCAUGAGAAAAUGCGCGUGGGAGUGCCCUCAUGUAUCAUGCAAUCACCAGUGUUUUGAAUUUUGCAAUCGGGAACCGUGUAACGAGCCUUGCCCCAAAAAAUUCUCUUGUGGGCAUCUCUGUAACGGACUUUGUGGUGAAAUUUGUCCACCCAAAUGUCCCUUUUGUGCGCGCAUCAAACUACCUAACGCUGACAAAAAAGCAAGAUAUAUUUAUCUCGAGUGUGAGCACUUUGUCGAGGUGGAAGAAAUGGAUGAGUCGAUGGCCCAAAACUAUUCAAAUGAAAACCCCAUCUGCAAAAUCCAAUGCCCAUCAUGCCCGCAAUGCAAGAAAGCCAUCCGACACUGCUACCGCUACGGCGACCAAAUCAAAGCCUUUUACGUAGAUCUAAUCAGCAUCAAAUGGGAUUAUGUCAAGGACGAUUCGAUGGUUGUCAACCAUGUUGAAAAAAUACGUCCAUCAUUGAUUAAAUUGAAGGGAGAUGUAUCUGAACUCAAUGCACAGCUGGAAUCGAUCCUUCUUCAGGGCGUUUCCAUUCGCAGUCUUACUAGGGACCAGUGCUGGGAUCUACUUUACCGGAUGCAAUUUACUUACCUGAUGUGCUACUUGAUUAGCGACUCCAAGAAAAAGUAUGCGACUUCCCUUGACAAGACAAAAAAGAAGGAAAUGUUUUUGCUGGCCGAGCCUUCAGUCGAACACAUUUUGGAGCGAAUAAAAACGGGAUUCCAUUUCAUGGAGAAAUACGCCAACUCUGGCCAAGGAUACUUCCAAGACUUGCUGAAUGUGUGGAAACGUUUGGAUUUGUAUCGCAAGUACUUUGCAUUGGAAGCCCUAUCCGCUAUAGCCCCCCCUUCUGUUCGCAUUGACGCGAGACAGUUUGACAAGGCCGCCUCUGUUCUUAGCAAGAGGCAGCAAUGGACCGAGACGGAAGAAAGCGAUCUUGAAGAGUGGCUUGAUCGCAAAUCUAUUUUUUUUAAUGUUAACUUGACUAGCACGGCCAAAAAGAAGCUCAGGUGGCGCCUAGACAUGAGUGAGGAAUCCUGGUUCAAAUGCUCCCUACCCUCAUGUGAAGCCGUCUUCUCUCUUACCCGUUACCCGCAAUGUCCCGAAUGCUUGGACCUAUCCGAACUGUGUUAUUAACGAUGUCUGUUCUUCCUUUCUUUCCAGUUUCUGUUGGAUGCAAUCCCGUGAUAAAGUUGGUAAGGCGUUGUUUUUUUUUAAGUUCUGUUUCAGCAUUUUUCAUUCAUUUUAUUUGUUGAAGUAUGUUUCUUUUCCCCUCUAACUUUAAUGCUCUUUAAUUCAGAUUUAAUACAGAUUUUGAGAAGUACAA